CCCUCGCAACGUCAAACUUGCUGUUCCCUGUUCAUCUCUUCUCACAUCUCGCCUGUCCGCACAGGUCAUUGCGCAAGUCGAUGAGCCUCAUCCAUCUCCAACGCCGUCUUUAACCCGUUAUAUUUCUUCUUUGUAAUACCCACUUACGGUCUACCUAUUAUCUUAUUUGCAGGCUCACUCUUCAGUCGCCCCCAGGCGUUUGGCUGUCCCGUUCCCCAUCCGUUGUUUACUCGACAUUUCGAUUGCGCGCUGUUCCGGACUGGGCUCUUCACGGCAAACCUAUCGAGCCGCCGACAGCUGUGAUUGUGUCGCCCGUGUCUCGGGUCUCCCUGGUCUCUCCCUACAUAUCCCAAGGACUACGGAGCACGUAAACCCCGCCGAGGCCGUUGGUUAUUUGGGCUCGAUGCUCCUUGCAUGCUGUGGCUGAUAUUUCAGUUGGGUGCUCUUGAGCAUGCCCAUUUUAAUGUAUUCCCCGCUCCUUUAAGUCACCUUUUACGCCUGACGACAUAAUCAUGACUGCAGGCCACACAUUAUCUGCACUCACAGCUUGAUAUACUUCAACUUUCAGUUCUCCUUCUCCUUAUUCCUCUCUCUCUCUCUCUCUCUCUCUGCCUCAUGAGCGCGCUGCGAUUCCGGUAAUGGCCACGAACCCGUUGAGAGAAACCGUCCCUGCUUGGGUGGAAUUAUACGACGAAGAGGUUCAUGGCCCGUGCCCACAGCACCGCGGCCCCGUCCAUCCCCCCCCGCCGACCGUUCGCCCAGAUCAGAACAAAAGCAACCACGCACUGAAGCGUCGGGUCUCAAAAGAUGGCUACGUCGAUUGGGUUGAUGAGAAACAUGGUCGAGUAUCAAAGCUCCCGGUGUUCUUGAGAAAGCGUGCCGACCGACCUGGACGGCGAUGGGAUCAUUUGCGAAGUGCUGAACCUGUUAUUAUGGGACUUGGGUAUCGAGCGCCCGACGAAGACCCCUACGAUAGAUGGCGCGAUUUCAUUCACUCUUCAUCGUACGGCCACGACAGCCAUGAUCGAUACGAGGUGGUUACCCGGGAUGCCCUGGACCAAUUGAUGCCUGGGCUUAAUGACCCGGUGCGGACGCCAUUGUAUCCGCUAGACGCAAAGGAUAGGUCGCGGUUUAUGCGACUUGGAAAUUUCGUCCUGAGACAUCCUAUUGCCCCCCUCAUCUUUCGCCUCAUUGUUCUCAUCUCUACUAUUUCGGCUCUAGCGCUGGCAACGGUCAUCUAUAGACGGGAAAGGGCGCCUGAUAUUGCCACCAACAGUAGUCAAACCGAGACGUCACAGGCAAUCGUUGCUAUAGUUAUCGACUCAGUGGCGAUUCCGUACAUAUUAUACAUGACAUGGGACGAAUACACGGGCAAACCUUUGGGUCUGCGGAACCCCGCCCAGAAAGUUUCGCUCACCCUUCUUGAUUUGAUUUUUAUAGUCUUGAAAUCUGCAAGCACGGCAUUGGCGUUUGAAGCCCUUGUGUAUCAUAGCGGAGAACGGAUGGCGCAAAGUCCUAGGGCCGGUGCGGAAGCAUUGCAGUCGUUGGAUUUUGCCAGAGGAUUGGCAGCAUUGACCUUGGUUGGGUUGAUCGCUUGGAUUCUAAACUUCACUAUCAGUGUCUUUAGACUAGCAGAAAAGCUAGGCGGUAUAGAGAAUGACAAGUAGCAUUCUGAAUGAGACAUAGCAGUCACCCAUGACACGUCAGCGUUUCGGCUGACCAGGUCGUCAUCCACUAUGUACCUACUACGUUACGUAUGUAGGCAGGUAGCAACUCGUUUAAAGUUGCGGGUCUGAUUUAUAUGCGAUUGAGGACCAGACAUGCAGGAUGCAUAAUUAGACAUGGCUGUCAAGUGACGGCCGUCUUGUCAAAGGAAAAACGGCUUCUGCCUAGUGUAAAAGCUUCUUCUGUUUGGUCAUGAAUCUCCUCCUACCUAUGCACUUAGGUAGGAUAUGACGUAUUGCGUACUAUCUAGAGCAAUGGAUGAACGAUGAAAUAAGGUAGCAGGUCUGCGGCAUUGGUUGGGAGCAAUAUCAUAACCUUGGAUUAUUCACUUAAGUACCAACCUAGAUAGUAGUCAUUUAUAC